AUGGAUGCUAAUCUAAUCAUUCAAUGUUUAGCAGGAACAUUACAACCUUCCCAUGAGAUCCGAGUACAAGCAGAGACUAAACUUCGAGAAUUCUGUCAAACACCUGGAUUCUUAGGUGCAUGUUUAGAUAUCCUUAUAUCUGACAUUGCUCCUGAAUUAAAGAAAGCCACUGCUGUUUAUUUCAAGAACAGAAUCAUCAGAUUUUGGAAUGCUAAGGAUGGAAUUGAUAAUGAUGAACGUCCAAUAAUUAAAGAUCGAAUCAUUCCAGUGAUAAUCUCAGUUGAAUAUAGUGUUAAGCAACAAUUAAUUCCAGUGUUGAGAAUUUUGAUUGCUUGCGAAUUUGAAAAAUGGGAUGGAUUAUUGAAUACUACUGGAGAAUUGUUACAAAGUAAUAAUAAAGAAGGCGUAUAUACUGGUAUGUUGUGCUUUUCUGAAAUUGCUAGAAAAUUUAAAUGGGUUCCAAAUCUGGAUAGAAAGAAUUUAGAUUCAAUUAUAAGUACAGUAUUUCCUCAUUUAUUAACCAUUGGAAAUUCGAUUAUUCUGAGUCCCGAAGAGAUGACUGAAUUUGAUGCCGAGAUUGUUAAGUUGAUUUUAAAGGCUUAUAAAUUCGUUACUUAUCAUGAUUUGCCCCAAAGUUUACAAUCCAAACCAAGCGUUUUAGCCUGGGGAGAAUUCCAUGCAUCAGUUAUAAACAUGCCACCUCCAUCAUACGUCACCAAUUCGAGCAUGUCAGAACAAGAAAAAUCAUUUUUACAAAUUUCGAAGUGUUAUAAAUGGUCAAUUGCAAAUUUAUAUCGAUUAUUCACAAGAUAUGCUAGUCGAACCAUCAGUCAGAAAUUCCGAUAUACCGAAUUUCAUGAUUUGUUUUUGAAUGAAUUUAUCCCUCAUUUCAUUAACAACUUUUUGAAUAUAAUUGAACAAUAUUGUCAAGGUACAAGAUGGUUAAGUACCACUGCUUUGUAUCAACUCCUUGAAUUCUUGAGUCAUUGUAUUGUUGAGAAAUCCACCUGGCUAUUAAUCAAGCCUUAUUAUGAGACUUUAUUAACUCAUUUAAUUUUCCCAUUGUUAUGUCCUAAUGAUGAAUUAUUGGAAACUUUUGAAAUUGAUCCAGUGGAAUAUAUUAAUUUAUGUUUUGAUCCAACUCAAGAAUAUGAUUCACCUGAAGCAGCAGCAUUGGCAUUGUUAGCCACACUUGUAUACAAAAGAAAAAAGACUACUUUAACUCCCAUCAUCACUUUUAUUCAUCAACAAUUAACUGCAUUGCAAUCACAAGAAGAAAACUUGGAUAUUGCCAAAAAGAAAGAAGGUGUAUUUAGAAUGUUAGGCUCGAUUUCAACCGAUUUAAUCAAUGUGCAAUCUGAAUACCGUGAUCAGAUGGAACCAUUUAUUCAAGCACUUGUUAUUCCAAGUUUAAACUCUAAAUUUGAAUUCUUACAAGCUAGAGCUAUUGAAAUUUUGGGUCAAUUUGCCGAUAUUGAAUUCAAGGAUGAACAAACCCUUUCUGCUAUCUUUCAUGGAAUCUUAAAGAAUUUCGAUAAACCAGAAAAUGAAGAUGUCAGUAUUGUCGUAUUAUUCGAAAGUGCAAUUGCAAUCCAAUCUUUCAUGAUCCAUGACGAAUUUAAGAAAGUCCUUAGUGGUAUAAUUCUUCCAACCAUGUCUAAAUUACUUGAAUUAUCUAAUGAAAUUGACAAUGAUGCCAUUUCUACCGUCAUGCAAGAAUGUGUUGAGAAUUUCUCGGAACAAUUACAACCAUUUGGAGUUGAUUUGAUGACAAAAUUAGUAUCACAAGUUAUGAGAUUAGCUCGUGAGAUUAAUGAGGCGUCAUUGGUUGAUGUUGAUAAUUUUGAUGGAAUUGAUGAUCAAGGUGAUAAAGUAAUGGCCGCAUUAGGGAUUUUGAAUACUAUGAUUACCGUGUUGUUAUCAUUUGAGAACUCGCGUGAUAUUUGUUUGAAAUUGGAAGAAAUCUUUUCUGAAGUGAUUGAAUUUGUUUUGGUUAAUGAACAAGAUGAUUUCUUAGCUGAGAUUGGGGAGUUGAUUGAAAAUUCGACAUUUUUGAUGAGAAGUGUAAGUGAAGUUAUGUGGAAGAAUUUUAGAUUGUUAUAUUUAUCAUUUGAAAAGGGACUUUCAUUGAUGUAUGUUGAAGAAUUAAAACCAUGUUUAUUGAAUUUUUUGAUUUAUGGUAAAGAAGAUUUAAAAAAUCAUGAUGAGUUAGCAGAAAUGUUCUUUAAGAUUUUUGAAUUGAUUGUUGGAUCAGAAGAUAUGGCGUAUAAUGAAUUAAUUGAUGCAUUUGAAUUGGCACAAACUUUUAUUCUUUGUUUAGAACAAAAGUCAAUUCCUUACAUUCCCGCAUUUGUUAAAACUGUUCUUGAACACUACAAUACUCAAGAUGAACAUAAUUCUAAAUCAUCAUUGUUUAUCAAUUGUAAUAAUGUUUUGAUUUCAUCUUUGAUUUAUGAUUCCAUGACGACAACUAUGUUAUUGCAACAGCUGGACAAGUUUAUCACAUUCUUACACAAUUGGUUCUUGUCAAUUCCGGAAUUAGAAAGAGUAUUUGACUUGAAGUUGUCAGUUUUAGGAUUGAUGAAUUUAUCCAUGCUUGAAUUUGAUGAUGCUACCAUCAAACAAGUUUCUCAAAAUUUAAUCAUAUUGUUAAAGAAAUUACCAGUUGCCAUUGAUAAUUUAGAAAAGAAGAGAAAGAAAUUCGACGAAUUAGACUCGUCAGCACAAGCAGACGCGGAUUAUGAAGGUAUUUGGCAAUAUGAAUUAGGGGAAGAAGAUGAAGAUGACGACGUGACCAAUGCCGACCAGCAACCUGAAGAAACUGAAAAAUACAUCAAUUUCUUAACUAAUGAAGAUUUGAAGUUGAAAUCGAAUGGAUAUUUCGAUGAAGCUGAUGAAGAAUUAUUUGAAGAUCCCUUGGUUGCUACUGCAUUGGAUAGUUUGAAUAUUUUCCUUACUGUUCAAGGAUAUGUCAAUGGGUUGAAGAAUAAUAAUGGAAAUAGAUUUAAUUUAAUGUUUGGUGAUUUGAAUGAAGAUGAUCAAAAGAUACUUAUUGAUAUUAUGGAGGUCAAUUAG